AUGACUGUAAACUACAAUCUUUCCGUAUCCACAUCGCGUCCGUGGACAUUCAUUCGACUUUUCUUCAGAUGGAAAGGAUCUGUAUGGAAGGCAGUUUGGAUGCAAUAUUUUAUAUGGCUUGGGUUAUUCGCUUUUGUAAGUAUGAUAUAUCGCUUCGCACUCAGCGAACGGCAGCGAGAGGCGUUUACCUGCCUUGUCGAUUUCACUAACUCCCGACUUUCAUAUAUUCCACUUGAUCUGAUGCUUGGCUUUUUCGUGGCUGGUGUAUUGAAGCGAUUUUGGUAUCUCUACAAUAUUAUCGGAUUUAUGGAUAACAUCGCCUUGAUGACUGCAUUAUACGUACGAGGCACCAACGAAAGAGCUCGCCAAUACCGUCGUAAUAUCGUGCGAUACUGCCAGCUCACUCAGGUCCUUGUUUUCCGUGAUUUGUCAAUGAAAUGUCGUAAGCGUUUCCCGACGCUCGAUACCGUUGCUGCAGCAGGGUUUAUGAUGCCACAUGAGAAAGAGAACUUCGACGGAAUACAGUACAACUAUAACAAGUACUUUUUACCGUUCAAUUGGGCAUGGGCCUUGAUUUAUCGAGCGAGAAAGGAGGGACUAAUUGAGAGCGACUACUAUGUCACUAUACUUUCCGAGGAAGUGAAAAAGUUUCGUACUGACUUGGCAUGGUUGUGUAAUUAUGACUGGGUACCGUUGCCGAUGAUUUAUCCGACAAUUGUCUGUCUAGCCGUACACACCUACUUUUUGGUAGGAGUAAUCGCUAGACAAUAUGUCGAAGGUUCAGUUUACGAAAGCGAUAUGAUAGAUAUGGUCUUUCCAUUCAUGACCAGCAUUCAAUUUGUGCUCUAUAUGGGAUGGUUGAAGGUCGCCGAGGCGUUGCUCAACGCCCGUUGGCGUGAAGACUGA